GAAGUCGGCAUUGAUCUAGAUGGCGUCUUUAAAGAAUUUCUGGAGGAGACCCUUCGUCGCGUCUUUGACCCAAGCCUCAACCUCUUCCGAGUAACUUCGGACCAGCGCCUUUACCCGUCACCAACCUCCCAUCUUCAAGAAAGCCAUUUGCAGUUAUUCGAAUUUCUAGGAAAGAUGCUAGCCAAGGCUAUUUAUGAGCACCAUACUGGCGACAUUUCUGAUCUCGAACUAACCUACUCUUACGACGAAGAUUGCCUUGGCCAGACUGUAGUCCAUGAUCUCUCUCCUGGUGGUCGAUACAUCACAAUUACGAAUGACCUUAAGUAUGAUGUCCAUUUGAUUAUUUAUUUAAUAUUUAUUAUUCGAUUUUAUAUUUCCAUUUAUACUUCAUGGUCUUAUCAUAGUGACCAUUACUUUUAUUUAUCAAACCAUUUAUUCAGAAUCAGCUACGUUCAUCGUGUGGCCCACUUCCGUAUGUACAAACAAAUUCGGAGUCAAACUUCAGCGUUUAUUCGAGGCUUUUACUCUAUUUUAAAUCCAAAUUGGCUUGCGAUGUUCUCACCACCAGAGUUGCAGAAACUAGUAUCCGGCGAUUCGGUUUCUAUUGAUAUUGAUGAUCUUCGGUUAGUUUGGACUUUGGAAAGAUGA